CCGGCCCGCCGCCAUGUUGUUCCCUUGGCGCUGGACGUGAGCAGCCGGAGUUGCACCCGGGCAGCGCUACGGUCUCCUGGCCGCCUACCCCCGACCUUCUCUCCUCGUUGCACCCGGACGGGCCAGUCGGGAGCUCCCCGGGCGUCCUCUGUGUGGCCACGAAACCAGUGUGUGCUCUAUACAGCAUGUGUUGGUGCCAGCCGAUGGAUUGUCAUCCUGAGAUAAUGAUGCUGCUUGAACUGAACAAUUAAGGGUGCUAAAAAGUCAAAACCUUGAGAUUAAUAAUGGCAGGAAAAUCUUCGCUUUUUAAAGUAAUUCUCCUUGGAGAUGGUGGAGUUGGGAAGAGCUCUCUAAUGAACAGAUAUGUGACCAAUAAGUUUGAUACCCAACUCUUCCAUACAAUAGGUGUGGAAUUUUUAAAUAAAGAUUUGGAGGUGGAUGGACAUUUUGUUACUAUGCAGAUUUGGGACACAGCCGGUCAAGAGCGAUUCAGAAGCCUGAGGACGCCAUUUUACAGAGGUUCUGACUGUUGCCUGCUCACUUUCAGUGUCGAUGAUUCCCAGAGCUUCCAGAACUUGAGUAACUGGAAGAAAGAGUUCAUAUAUUACGCAGAUGUGAAAGAGCCCGAGAGCUUUCCUUUCGUGAUUUUAGGCAACAAGAUCGACAUAAGCGAACGUCAAGUGUCUACAGAAGAAGCCCAGGCCUGGUGCAGGGACAACGGCGACUAUCCUUACUUUGAAACAAGCGCAAAAGAUGCCACAAAUGUCGCAGCGGCCUUUGAGGAAGCGGUUCGAAGAGUGCUUGCUACUGAGGAUAGGUCAGACCACCUGAUCCAGACAGACACGGUCAGUCUGCACCGAAAGCCCAAGCCCAGCUCCUCUUGCUGUUGACCGUUUAGAGAGGUUGCCUGUGUGAUCUAACCAACUCACACACAUACACAGAAAAACGCAGGGUGGAGAAGAGAAUUAGCAUUUGCAGCAAUGGAUCAUCUACUCAUAAAAUUAAACUAACCAUAUUGCUGUUUUGUUAGUGGGUGGGAGAAGGGACACAUCCACUCGUGGAAGAAUCAAUUUACUUAGUAGUGGCACCGUACAUUUAUCAAUUGUAAUGGUGGUCUGUAACGUGUAAUUUAAAUAUGUACGUUACCCAGCUAAUAAAUGAGAUGAUCAGUACUUUAAUUAUAAUUAAAACACUUGGAUAUUCUGGAA